UGCAAGAGCUCCUAAAAAGUUUUGCUUUAUCCAGGCUACAUUGCAUAUAUCCCACAUGUUCUUGAUAACUGUACUUUGUUCAGCAUACUCCUAAAAAUAUAUUACUUGCUAUCUGAUGCUGCUGCUUCAUUACUUAAAAUGCAUUCUUUUGCCAUGUGUGCUUACAGCAUAAAACUAUCCAGUUUCUUUGUCAUGGACUUUACCUUUAACAGUGAUUUUGCUUUUUCUUACAGGCACAGCGUGAUACUGCUCGCACUGGUGGACCACUGUUACGUGUUCCGGUACACAAACGUUGGAUCACCGGGAAGAUGCCACGAUGCACAUGUGUACCACCAAUCAAGCCUGUCUCGCCUUGUUUCGGGGCCCACAUUCAGGCACCCAACCACCCUGAUAAGCGGCGUUGCUGUGCCCCCACUGAUACUUUGUGAUCAGGCAUUUCCCCUCACGCCGAACCUUAUUAAGCCAUUUGCGAGCACAAGCAGCUCUGAAGAGCAAAAGCAUUUUAACUAUCAGCUAUCAAAAUCUCGCAGAAUAGUAGAAAAUGCAUUUGGGCGGCUUAAAGCCCGUUUCAGGUUUAUAAUGAAGAGAAUGGAAUGUGACAUCAGCAAUGUGCCGCUUAUAAUAAGGGCAUGCUGUGUACUGAAUAAUAUUUGCGAACACUUUGGUGAUGCUGUAUCGCAGCUGUGGAUCGGUGAGGCGCAGCUGUACGACACAAUAUUUCAGCAGCCAACACACACUACGGAUGCACUCGUCGCAACUGGAAGAAACAUUCGAGCUGCAGUUGCCCUGCACUUGCACCAACAUAUGGACCACUAG